UAAAAUUUAUUAUUGUUCAUAAGCGGGAUUUUGUUUUAAUAUAAAAUAUUAAUACAAACUUUUCUCUUUAUAAUUUUCUUCACAUUUUUUUUAUCGAUGAAUAUUGGGACCUUUACAGUACCACUAAAUAUAUACGUUGCUGCGCUGCGCCGCUGUUGCUCAGAUGCGCGUGCGCGAGAAAUAUUUCGCGAGUUUCCAUCACUGCGAUCACACGAGGAUCUUCGGUUAUACGUACGCCUAUUUCCGUUAAAAGUUCUUACGGAUUCCAUGAUUGUGUUUUCAUAUCGUUUGGAUGAAAUAAUGUUUCUUUUGAAGUGUGAUGAAGACGAAUCAUAUUGCAUGGUAAAUGACGAAGAUGUCAUUUUCAACGAUGAAACGGUGAAAAAGGGAGAGACUGUUCGGUUCUAUUACAACAAAAAACAAUAUUUUGGAGACGUCAUUAUGUUCUCAGAUGACCAAGAUGUAAUUGAAAAAGAGCUGAAGAGAAGUAGGACAGAAUAUAAAAUAAAACGAAGUAGCAAUAAAUCAAAGUACGCCCAUGAAGAAUUUGACAUAAAGAAACCCGGCGAUAACAAACUUGUUGGUAAAAAGAAAAUGAAGACAGAAGAAAAAAAUAGAAGAACAAUAUAUACUCUUGUAAAUAUAUAUUUAUUAAUUAUUUCUUAUUUGUUAUUAAUCUUUAAAGGACAGAGGAUCUAUUUUAAAAAUCUUACAGCUUUUCCUUGAGUAAGAUUUAUUAUAAAUCAUUGUAUUCUGUCUUAAAAUAUGACACUGUUUCAGUGCCACUAUAGUAGCUUUCCAUUCUGUUAAAACAAAUGUAUAUUAACUUAAAAAAAAAACAUUGACUAAUUCUAUCAAAUUUUAAUCUAUUCAAGUAAUAUAUAAAAAUGUGUAUAUGUAAACAGUGUUAUAUUUAAAGCAGUUCAAAUUGUUCAUAUUGCCAGUCACAAAUUAUUCGUUCAUGAUUAAAAGGUUCUUGAUUUCAUUGACCAGAGGGUUUAAAGUUUCAUUAGAAAAAGUUUAAAAAAUGAAAUAAUUUAUUUAGUUGUACAGUAUUAUUAAGUUGAUUUUUGUUCUGUAAAUUUGUUUUAUAUCACUUAAAAUUAUGCAAUAAUAAAAUUCACAUUUCUAGGAAAAUUCUAAGGUGUUCCAAAACAUUACCCGAUUGCUUUCGGGUAUUAUUCUAUCAUUGUUCUACUUUCCACGGACAACAAGGAUAGAAUGAUAUUCAAGAGUACUCGGGUAACGUUUUUGAACGCAGUCUAGAUAAUGAAUAUUUUAUUUGCCACACUUCAUUUAAAUAAAAAUAUUAUCUUUACACAAAGACUACAUUGUUAUAUCCACACCACUUAUUUUUCUAUAACCAACUAAAAUGUAUUAUUGUUUUAUAUUAUAUUAUUUACAUUUGCCAAUUAUCAGUAUUAUCAUUAUUGUUUUCCCAUGAACAGAAAACUAAGAAUAUUGAAGAGACUGUGAACAGUAACAUGUAUGCGAAAUGCUCGCGUGAGCUCGCGGUUAUGCCCUGUGGAUGUUCACGAGGGUGAGAAAGGGCGUCGUGGAGUCAGAUAUUAAUACAAUUUAUUUUACUAAUAAAUUACAGCACGAAAUGCGGAGAUGUCUGUGGCUAUCGUCAUGCUAUAUCACAGAAUGUCAUUUUAAUCACACUAGGAUACACGUUGAGUCCUGUAUGCUAACUUACUGUCCGAUGAGCACUUGCGUGAGUCAAUUUUAUUAAUCUAUCACCUUAAUGUGAGGAUGCCCGUGAGCCGUGUUGAGCACGUGGCGCCGGCGCGCGCUGCGCGUGCUGAGCGAUGAGAAGGUCCUUGUUGAUGCACCGGAGUUGUCUGCUACGUUUUCUCCUUAGGCGAACGUGGCUGAGAUGAGUUGAACGAGAUGAGCACUAGAAUCCCUGAUGAAUUCUCACAAUUACUAGAUUCACUCGAUUUACUAUUCUAUCUGAGCUGCGUAUACACACUAGGCCGGGGCCAUGAGCACUAGAGAGUAGAAACUGAACGUGACCGCCAGCGCUACCGUGCGCUGUCGGCGUUUAGCGAUCCAUGCGCUCGGUGAUCGAUGGAUGCUGCCACCUGACGGGGCGAGAACUAGUGAAAACUUCACUAAUUCUCAAACAUUCCGCCCGCCAUCAGCAACUUCGUUGAUGAUCCCUACUCUGUUGAUGAGAUGGGCAGGACAGCAAGCUUGAUCACCGGCCGAAUGAGCGUUGUGGUGGCAGUUUUCACUGUCACCACUCUGACGAGUCCAUCCUUGCCUGGGUGUAGAGCGGUCACACGAGCUAAUGGCCACUUGCAUGGUGGUAGUCUUUCAUCAGUGAUUAGCACCAAGGAACCAAUCUUUAUGCAGUUGUUCUUAUGGUGCCACUUUGAGAUUGCUUGCUGGCGUUGCAAGUAAUGCGACGACCACUGUGUCCAAAAUUGCUGGGCUCGUUGUUGUAUGAAUUGCCAGCGUGAGAGUCGAGAGAUCGCUAGAUCAUCCAGGGAUGGUUCUGGUAUAGCUGUGAGCGGACUUCCUAUGAGAAAAUGUCCUGGAGUGAGCGCUGAGAUGUCCU